UCAUGCAUAAAAUCGAGAUAAUAGAGUACGAUGCAGUUUGACAAUCACAUUACCCAUUGACAUAACGUUUUCACCGGGCAGCUGUCAUAGCACAAUAACAAAACAAAGCACGAAUUUAGCCGGCGCGAAACAUGUAUUCUCUACUACACAAAGAGGAGGCGGCACACGAGGAAAGCAUUUGGUCUUGCGCCUGGGGCCGAAUAAAAGUGCGCCCGGAAGGUGCGGAAGACGAAAACGAUGACAACUCACGGGAUUCCACGGCCAGCAAAAAGGACGCCAGUGGCUCGCAGGCUGAGUACAGAGAUUUCAUCGUUACCGGCGGUGUCGAUGACACGGUGAAGAUUUGGGACGUGUUGCCGGAUCGGAGCAAAUUUAAGCUUCGCAACACCUUCACCGGACAUUCGCUCGGUGUGGUGUCGGUAGAUGUCAGCACCAGUGGGGAAGUUAUCGCGAGCAGUUCGCUCGAUUCAAGCCUGUGCAUAUGGAAGGCGGAAACGGGGCAGCUGAUGAAUCAAAUUUCGGUCGGACCGGUCGAUUUGUGGACGGUGGCGUUUUCACCAUGCGAUAAGUACAUCAUUUCCGGUUCGCACGAGGGAAAGAUUUCGCUCUACAGUGUAGAGACGGGCAAGGCGGAACAGGUGUUGGAUCCACAGAACGGCAAAUUUACGCUCAGCAUUGCAUAUAGCCCCGAUGGCAAGUACAUUGCGAGCGGUGCGAUCGAUGGCAUUAUCAACAUUUUCGAUGUUGCAGCGGGCAAGGUGGCCCAAACGCUCGAAGGCCACGCCAUGUCGGUGCGCAGUCUGUGCUUCUCGCCCGACUCACAAAUGCUGCUGACCGCUUCGGACGAUGGACACAUGAAGCUGUACGAUGUGGCACACUCCGACGUGGUGGGCACGCUGUCCGGCCACGCGUCCUGGGUGCUGUCGGUAUCGUUCUCGGGAGAUGGGAAAAAUUUCGCCUCCUCUUCCAGCGACAAGACGGUCAAAAUCUGGAACGUUGCCGAACGCCAGUGUCUGCACACGUUCACCGAGCACGCGGAUCAGGUGUGGGGCGUACGGUACAGCCCGGACAGUGCGAACGUCAUCUCGGUGUCGGAAGAUAAGUGUAUAAACAUGUACGACUGUCCACCGAACGUUGUGUGAGAUUAAUAAAAUUCUUUCCAUUUCACGCAUUUUUCACCAACAAGAA